GAGGUAUUCAAAAUGAGCUCGAUGAAGCUCCUGUUGUUUAUAUGGAUUCCAUUGGCGAACAGUCUUGUAAAUCCGAGCAGCAACGAACUAAUUUCAAAAAGUUCGGGCCAAUCUUUUGGUUUUUCUCAUCUCAAUGCUUCCAACCAAGCGUGUCCCGGGCAUUGCGAGAGUGGGUGGACUUACUUUGACAAAACCGAGGCCUGCUACAAAACAUUCCUUGAUGCAAAUGCUUACGAUGCCGAAUACAUCUGUAACAGUCUUGGAGGACAUUUGACUUCGAUACACAGCUCCGCCGAAAAUGUUUUUGUAACCGAGUUGGCAAGAACGGGUAGGCCAUGGAAAGAUGCACAUGACCUAACCUGGAUCGGUCUCUUGGCUGAAGGUACAGGAAGCAAGAAGAUAUGGACCUGGACUGACGGUACAAAAUUUGACUAUCAAGCCUGGGUUGUGGGUGCACCUCAGGUUUAUGAAGAUCAACGUUGCGUGUUGCUGUACAGUGAUAAUCGUCUCGACUCACAUUAUCCUGUAUUCUAUCAAAAAUGGGACGACUACAUAUGCGCCGAAAAAGAGAGAUCGUUCGUUUGCAAGAAGACGGCUUUGCAUUAGAGCUA